GUACGGGAAUACUUUGUUGAACGCAAUGCCCGAAACUACGGAGGAACCCGAACUUCACAAUGGACACCAAAGACAAGCCGAACCGGAAUCGGAGGUGCAGCCAGGAUCCGAGAACAAUCCGGAGGAGGAAUUGAAACAGGAAACUGUUGUUACCGAUACGGAUCCGGAUCCGGAAGAGGACCGAAAAGAGAGCUCGAUCCAAUCGGAUGGGACGGUCAAGCCAUCAAACACUGACCAAAGUGCUCGUCCGCUGCUGCGAAAAGAUGAAGGGAAUCGGACUUUCACGAUGAGAGAAUUACUAACUGAGUUUAAAAGCGAUGAAGAUGAUGCAGACUCUCCUUACAGUCCAGAAAGCACACAACGACAAUCCAACCAAAAUAUUGCUGCAAUGGAGUUGGUCAAUAGCGUCAUAGGUAAUGAUGAGGAAGGCCAGUCUCGCCAGCAGGUUCUUGUAUAUGCUGCCAAGAGGUAUGCCACUGCUCUAGAGAAAAACCCAGAAGAUUAUGAUGCUCUUUACAACUGGGCAUUGGUUCUUCAGGAAAGUGCUGAUAAUGUUAGUCCAGAUUCUACUUCACCUUCUAAAGAUGCCUUGCUAGAGGAGGCUUGUAAAAAGUAUGACGAGGCAACUCGUCUUUGCCCAACACUUCAUGAUGCUUUCUACAACUGGGCAAUAGCUAUAUCUGAUCGAGCAAAAGUCCGUGGUCGGACCAAGGAGGCUGAAGAACUAUGGGAGCAGGCAACAAAAAACUAUGAAAAAGCUGUCCAACUCAACUGGAAUAGCCCCCAGGCGCUAAACAAUUGGGGACUUGCUCUUCAGGAACUCAGUGCAAUUGUGCCUGCACGAGAAAAGCAAAAUAUUGUGAGGACUGCAAUUAGUAAGUUUCGUGCUGCGAUACGGUUGCAAUUUGAUUUCCAUCGAGCAAUAUACAACCUUGGAACUGUUUUGUAUGGACUAGCUGAGGAUUCCAUAAAAACUGGUAGUACUAAUCCAGAAGAAGUGUCACCAAAUGAGCUGUAUAGCCAGUCUGCUAUAUAUAUUGCAGCCGCACAUGCAUUGAAACCAAAUUACUCGGUUUACAGCAGUGCAUUGAAGCUUGUUCGUUCAAUGCUACCUUUACCCCAUCUUAAAGAAGGGUAUCUGACUGCACCACCAGCAGGAAACACAAUUGCACCUCAUAGUGAUUGGAAGAGAACAGAGUUCUUUCUGAAUCAUGAAGCACUUCAACAGGUCAUCAGAGUUGAGCCUAAACAAGUUUCCCGAAGCCUCUCUGGCAUAGUUGUGGAUAUAGGAAAUACCGAAAAAAAGGCUAUCAGAGUUGAUAUUCCAGAUAUCAUCUCUGUAUCAGCCUGUGCUGAUCUGACUCUACCACCAGGUGCCGGCCUCUGCGUUAAUACUACAUCCGGUUCGGUUUUCUUGGUUGCUGAGUCGUGGGAAUCACUAGACGGGUGGCUUGACGCUAUCCGCCUAGUAUGUACAAUUUAUGCACGAGGUAAUACUGAUGUUAUAGCGGGUAUCAUCACCACCUAAUUUUUCUUUUUUUUUUGGAAUUCCAGCACGAC